ACCCCUCCUCACCUCCCAUACAUACUCCCAUCAUUCAUGUUCAACGACUGAUAAGUGUUAUCACAUGAAAAUUGAAAUGAAAAAUAUGAAUUUAAUUAUUUGAAGUAAAAGUUACUCAUUCAUACUUGAGAAUUAAUUAUCCAUUAAUGAUUAAAUGCAUCCGAAAUGGCCAAAAACAUUGAAUUAAACAACGGAUUAGAAAUCCCUGCCAUUGGAUUAGGGACAUACAAAGUGGUCGAUUUAGAGAACAUUAUUCGUACUGGUUUGGAUAUAGGAUUCAGAUCAUUCGAUACUGCACGUUAUUACGAAAAUGAGUCUGAACUGGGAUCCAUUCUGACUAAAAUUCUCGCCGAAGGUAAAUACAAAAGAGAAGAUCUCUUCAUCAUUAGUAAGUUAAUGAAUUCAUGUCAUCGUCCAGACAAAGUAAUCCCAGCGAUCAAAAAGCAACUGAAAGAUUUACAAUUAGAUUAUUUAGAUUUGUAUUUGAUUCAUUGGCCAGUCGCAUGCCAGCCGACUGAAAAUGAAAUCGAGAAGAGUAAGUUUAUCGAAGAUACCGGCGUAACUUUAGAAGAAACAUGGAGUGCAAUGGAACAAUGUGUGAUACAAGGGUAUGCGAAGAGCAUAGGUGUAUCGAAUUUCAACAGCGUGCAAAUAGAUCGAAUCUGUAAGAUAGCUUCGGUGAAACCAGUUGUUAAUCAGGUCGAAUGUAAUCCGUAUUUUUUCCCUAGAAAAUUGAUCAGUUUUUGUCAAGAGAGAGGUGUCCAAGUGAUGGCUUACAGUCCACUUUACAGACCGGGAUAUUACUCUUUGAAUUUAUUGGAAGAAAGCGAGUUGAAUCGAGUGGCGAAAAAGUAUAAUAAAACUCCGGCUCAGAUUGUUUUCAAUUAUUUGAACCAUUUUAAAAUCAUUCCUGUAUCGAUGACUAGCAACGUGAAUCAUUUGGAGGAAAAUUUCCAUUCUUACGAUUUUUCUUUAACCGAUGAAGAUAUUCGAACGAUUGAAAAAAUAAAUAAAAAUUUACGAUGUAAUCCGCAAGAAAGCUUGUUGCUAUUUUCUAAAGGGGCCUGUAAUUUGAAUAAUUUUCAUCCAAUCGUUCAAUACGUGGCAGAAAGAUUUCAAAUCGAACGUGAUAUUUUUUCAGUUAUGGAGGAUGUUAAAAAAAUUGAUGUGCCUAAGGUGAAAUUGAACAAUGGCAUGGAAAUGCCAUCCAUUGGCAUUGGAACAUUCAUGGCCAGAGAUGUCAGAACAACAGUUAAAAUGGCCAUCAAAACCGGAUGCUACUUAAUCGACACAGCUCCUAUUUAUUUCAAUGAAAAUGCCAUCGGUAAAGUUAUAAAGGAGAUAAUAGACGAUGGUACGAUCAAAAGAGAAGAUUUAUUCAUCAUCAGCAAACUUUGGAAUACACAACAUAAGCCUGAAAAGGUUGUACCAACUUUGCAAAAGACAUUGAAAGAGAUGGGUCUCGAUUACGUUGAUUUAUACUUGAUGCAUUGGCCUUUUGCUUAUCAGGGAGAAGAAUUCGCUCUGAUGGGUCUCGAAGAUGAAAUCCCCAUCGAAGACACAUGGAAAGCGAUGGAAGAAUGUGUGAAAUUAGGCUACACCAAAAGUUUGGGUAUCUCGAACUUCAAAGAAUCUCAAAUCGAACGAAUUCUAGAAAUAGCUGAGUUUAAACCUGUAGCCCAUCAAAUUGAAUUCCAUCCUUUCUUGGACCAAAAACAAAUUUUAGAGUUCUGUAAACAGCACGAUAUCGUUAUUCAAGGGUAUAGUCCACUGAGUUCAUUCCAAGUUACCAAUAAUGAUAGUGUUUUUACUAACGAAACGAUUACAGCACUGGCUAAAAAACAUGGUAAAAGCAAUAGCCAAAUUACUCUUCGAUAUUUGAUCCAAUUAGGUGUUGUACCUAUACCAAAAUCCGAGAAACCUGUUCGUAUUAAACAGAAUGUUGAUGUAUUUGAUUUUAAUCUUGAUCCCGAGGAUAUGAAAAUGAUGGACGAAUUGAACAAACAGAAUAAAAGGAUCUUUCAUUACUUUACCGCUGCGCAAUUCAAAGAGUAUCCAUUCGCCCUGCAAUUUGAUAUUCCGACUGCUAACCCUGUUCAUGUUGAUGUGAAGGAAAUCAUGGCAGAUUUGAAGAAAAACCAGAAGUCAUAAUGUGUAUUUAUCUCUCUCUUUC